UUUUUUUUACAUAGCCUACAUACAAGAACCCCAGUCUAUGGUUCAAAGCCUAAAUACCCAAGUCAAUACAAUAUCCAACAAUGAUUCCCUUGUUUGACCUUUACCUGCAGAGAAAAUAUGCCAAAUGUGCAUUUUAACUGAGAAUCCUGUACGCUACUGACCACAUUCACACAUACUCGAAGAUUAAAUAGUACAAUUGCUUAGUUAAAAAAAACAACCUCUGAAACACGUUCAAAACCAUGUUUGUUUUGAUCUUGGAUGGAGUCCCACCACGCGUGACGUCAGCAGCGGCAGAGUCAGAGAGCUUCCACAUUCUAGUCUCCCGGUUCAUCAUUGCCAUAUCGCGGAGGAUAGAAUACCAUCCAGGGUUUGCGCAGCCGAACCGAGUCCCUGCAUCAGUCAUGGCGGCGCCGUUAGCCCACUUCGACGAAGACUGGCAGGAUUUCAAUGAAUUCAAGGCGCCCUCCGGGUCGCCGAACCGACUGGACCAGCUGAACUCGAACAUGGCUGAUUCGGGACUGGUGGAUGAUUUCUCAGACCUCGACAGCUUCUCGGGGGAUAUAUGCAGCUUCACAUCAAUGGAGGACCUUGUCCACGACUUCGAUGAGAAGCUGACAGUUUGCUUUCGAAAUUACAACACCAAGACUGAAAACAUAGCCCCUAUUAAACCUAUCACAGAAGAUAAUUUCCUCAAAGACGACGAGGUGUGGAAUGCUCUGGCAGAUAACUAUGGCAAUGUGAUGCCAGUGGACUGGAAGACAUCUCACAUUCGCUCCCUGCAUCUCCCCACACUCAACCUCUGCAAGCAGGGGAAGCUGGACAACAUGCCUCUGGACCUGUCUGAUGAUGAGGAGCUGAGAGAACAGAUGGACAUGCACUCCAUUAUUGUGUCCUGCAUCAACGAUGAGCCGCUCUUCACUGCCGAACAGGUGAUCGAGGAGAUUGAGGAGAUGAUGCAGGAGUCUCCAGACCCAGAGGAUGAUGAGAGCCCGUCCCAGUCAGACCUGUCCAUGCUCUCCCAAGAUCUCAGCAACCUCAAACGCUCCAGCUCCAACACCAGCUAUGAGGACCGCUUGCGUCGUCUGUCAGUCUCAGAGCUGAGCGAGGCCUUGGAGGAGGUGGAGACGGCCAUCAGGCGCUACAGUGAGGAGCUGAUCCAGGCCCUGGCCCUGCGGGACGAGCUGGACUUUGAGAAGGAGGUGAAGAACAGCUUCAUCUCACUGCUCAUCGACGUGCAGAAUCGGCAGAAGGAGCACCGUGAGCUGCUCCGCAAGAAGAAGAAGAUUAGGCCCACAGGCAGCGCUCAGAGGGCAGACAGGACACAUGUCCCUGGGACGUAUCUGACCACAGUUAUCCCCUAUGAGAAGAACUCUGGCUCCCCCUCUGUGGAAGACCUUCAGAUCCUCACCAAGAUUCUGCAUGCCAUGCGGGAGGACAGUGAGAAGGUACCCAGCCUCCUAACAGACUACAUUCUCAAAGUGCUGUGUCCCACAUAAACCCAGUGGAGGGAGCCACCUGUUCUACAACACUCUGAACACACUCAAGGAAUAAGCACUUUUAAUUUUUUAGGAACUCAACUUACUGUCCCUGACCUCCAGGGGGCCCUCAUUGAUUUUGUUAGUCACUCUCACUCAGAUAUCAAUAACAUGGCAUAAGCCAUGGUAAAAUGUGAUGAAUUGUAGGAAAUUAUUCACCCCAUGGUAAAAUGGGUAGAAAUGCAAUAAUGUCUCUCUGCCCCAUGGCAGAACUAGAAUUGCAUGAAUUUUUUGUAGAAAAUUGCUAAAUGUUCUCUCUGCCCCAUGGCAAAAUGUGUAGAACUGCAGGAAAUUAUUUUUAAAACAUGCAUUUUUCUGACUGUCAUCAAGAGGGGUCCCAUGAAACAUUUGCUGCUCUUAGAGCCCCCAAAUGGCUAAAGCUGGCCCUCUGCUCAGGAGCUGCAGAGUUCUUGAUCAUACCAAUGGAAGGAGUCACCCCACCCCCCUAAUAAGGUGGACUCUUCCUGAUGGAGUAUUUAUUUUCUCCACAACUUUUCCUGCAACCUUUUGAGAUUCACAUUUUAAUGCCUGUUUUACCUUAUAAUCUUCUCACCUUUUACGUGUAAUCUUAAAUGUUUUUUUAAUGUUGUAAUGCUAAUAUCUCACAUUUGUUUUAAUGUCUUCUCUGCAUGUUAGCAGUAUUACUCUCCAUUGUCUAAAGUGGCUUGCUGUUCUCAUCUUCUAUCCUCCGUUUGCACUGAUGUGAAGGAACUGGAGAUGGAAAACAAAUUCCUCUACAUUCACCUGCCUGCCUUUUCACAUCAUUAAAGGUUAGGGUGAGGAGACAAGGAGAAGAAGUCACUUGACAAUUGGGAUGCAGCUUUUCUCUGUUAAACUGGCUAAUUCCCUCAGUGUGUGUGUAUAUAUAGGAGUGAUGGGGAAAUAAGGCUUCUUGAACCAGUCUAACUAGGGCGGGAUCAGUCCAAUGGGAGCUCGCCACUUUAUCAGAGAGCUAUUGGUUCAGAGCAAUUAAUGAUUGACAGACCAUGGGAUUAGUGGGGUUCAGAAGCCUUGUUUUCACCAUCUCUUAGGUUUUAUGUUUCAUAAACCCCCUUAAAGGUUGUGCACGUCUUUGCAUGCUGCUACAUAGGAUUAGGGAGCUACAUCGGUCAAAUAUUAUAAAGCAUUGUUUGUAUACUACAAUGUGAAAUUGCACAGAUGGAACUUUUUUUUUUAAGUGAUAACUUCUCAAAAAAGGGAAAAAUGACAGAAGUUAGUAAGAAGGUAACAAAGAACAAACUUGUACAGCUUUUUAUUUUUCUGUAGUUUUAGAGAGAUGAGGGACUUUUUACUGCCAGCAGUGUGUGGCCACUUAUAAUGACAUCACCAUUGUUAUGUAAACACUAGCCGUCAACCUCUGACCCCUCCUAGGGAUGUCACAUGACAUCACCCUGUAUACUUGCCUCAUACCACCUCUAUAAAGUACAGUAAGUGAAGGGUUACAGCAAUAAUAUUAGAAUGUAAAAUAAUGGUUAAAUUGGUGUGAGUUGAUCCUGCCAUGUUGUGUUUAGAACUAAUAACUCUUUGAUGUUGUGUAAAUGUUGGGGAUCUCUAGUGAUGACAUGUUAUCUUGUCUUGUCUAGUGGACGUAGCAACAGUAGUAGAUCACCAAAUCGUUGCAUGUACUUAUAUAGACAAUUUAAAGGAUGUAGAGAGGUUUCUGUACAAAAGCAGGAGAGAUUUUUCAAACAUAAAUAUUUCAAAAACCCAUUGUCUACAUCCACAACCACUAACCUUCAGCACUGUCUAUAAUAUCACCUCUGUACAAUCCUGUCAAAUCAUCAGCAGUAACUAAGCUCAGUGCACAAUAAUUACAAUAACACACAAGCCCAUCAGGUCUGGUCUAUCACUACUCUCAGGUACACCCAGAGCAUCGGUUCUACAGCAGCCAGCCUGUCCACAGAAGUACAGCAUUAUGGAUCCUGUUAGGAAGAAGAGUGUAGAUGUUGUUACGCCAUGCUUGGGGAUAAUGUUGAAGCAUUAGCAAGCCCAUCAUCCUAUAGCUUGAGUAGCCAUUUAGUAGUUUUUGUCUGUCCUAGGCCUGAGUAGUAAUAUAGUAAUAUAGUAACAUCAGUGAUAAGGCUUCAGACAAGUAUAGGCUAGUACCUAGCUAAGUGGACGUUGUAGCAUCAGCUUGCAAUAGCUCUGUACCAAGGCAGCCUGACACCUAUAGACAGCAACUAGAUAUCCCAGGUGAGCCGCUGUAAGUUAAUGGUAGUGCCAGUCCUCACUAGUAGAAGUCUGAUGUAGUUGGCAGGAAUCAUCGAGUCUAACGGAAGCUCUCUUUUCCCUGUAUCAAAGUGUAUGUUAUGAAGAGAUGUUGGGUUUUAGUUGAGGGUCUCAGAAGGCAUCUUUCUUUAGUAAGGGAAGCCAGUAGACCUCUACGUACUGUACAGAAUCAUAUGUAACUAUCUUUCAACUGUAGCAAGCUUCAGAAGCAUUCAGAACCCCAAGCAUGUGCUUCAUGCACUUUAUCUACUUUUACUUAAAGUAAAUAAAAUGAAUGAUAAGGAUUAAGGUCACACUAAAGGGAUCCUUAGCAUUGAACCACAUUGUAAUAAGAAAGUUAAGCUGAACUGAAAUGUAUACUAGCUUGGGUGGGGUUUGGACUCCUUGAAACUAGUCGAGUUGAGAACUAGUAUUAUUCUGGUUGUCUUGGAGCGGCAUGGGGUUGUCACGGAGAUCAGAGAAGGUUAUCGACUCAGGCUGAAGCCCCACCCCUCGUUGCAUGUCUGCUAAAAUAGAGGGACCAUAUCAGCGUAUAUCCACGCUUUAUCUAGAGAUUUAUAUUUAUAUAGACACAAGCAACAAAUAAGGCUGCCUUUGUAAAUGCCAGAACUUUUGUAUAAUAGAAUCUACUCAUUUAUUUUUAAUGCAAUAUACUUCUUCCCCCAUUUUGGGUUUUUAUGUUUACUUGUCUUGUUGUCAUGAGGUACUAAUGUACAUUCAUUUAUUCAGUAAAUGUUUGUUUUGUAACCAUAUCGACUGUAGUGGUACAAACGUUUUGUGCCAGAAUUACAUUGGAACUCAUUUCAAAUAAAAUAAUGUUUACUUUGGUGUCAUACUA